UUAUCAAAGGCUCUUACCAUGCAUGAAUCUCUGCUUGGCGAUACAAACCGUGAAAGGCUGCGUGCAAUCCAAGCUGAAACGUCACAGAAGAAGGACCUGAAUUUACAAGCUAUUUCAUCCACGUUACGUGAUGCAGCUACUCCAGAGGCACUUCAUCCUAUAUGCCUAGAGCUGUUCCAUCAUGUCGAUGCCCUCUUAGCUACUCACACAAACGGCCAAGAAGACCAGCAAUCUUCAUCAACGCAGGCCUCUAGUCUAGCUCCCAACAGAGAAUCUUUGCAUGUACGAAGCCUCGUUGACUUGGUGGCCCAAAAACUGUUACAAUUCCCCAGUCUUAGCAAUGAUGCCGCUGUUAAAGAUUCCGAUUAUGCUACCCAUUCUCUGGUCGCCGAAGCUGGACUGGCCCUGCUCGUUAUCAUCUCGCUUUUCUGCGCCUCGCCUUCUGAGCCUUUUCUCCUCGACGACGCAGUUUUGAUAAGCGUUGUUACGUACACAGACGAAGACGAUGCCUGGACAACGAAAGAAUCAUCCCACCUUGCGGCUCGCCUGCUGAAAGCCAAUCUGGCUGAUGAUAGAUUGGAUACGUUCAUUACACAACGCUUAAUCCAAGACACGCUUCGGCCGCUAUUUUCUAAAUCGUCUACCCGGUUAACUGCCUCUGGGAGGCCAUCUCAACUUGCUCAACAGCCUGCAAGCACACAAGCCAGGACAUCUCUAGACUCUGUUUCACAGGAACGCGAAAAACUUCAAGCUGCUUCAAGCUUUAAAUGGGCAGUCAUGUCGUGCAGUCAAGCUACAAUGGGCCGCCACUGGCCCCUGUUUCUUCCAAUUUUACUCUCACUAGCCGAAGAUCACAACACAGCAGUCAGGAUAAAAGGCUUGCAGAUUCUUGGUUUAUUUCUAGAUACAUGUCCGGCAAACGUAAUACUGUCCGCUGGCGUUGACAACGUAAUCCAGGACGCCGUUUUCCCUACGCUGCUCUUCUUACCCUCCACAACACCUGAGAGCGAGUCUAUAGAGCUCUUGUAUCCGGCAUAUCGAGUCCUCCUUCGGAUAGCCCAGCUGGAUCCUGACUCAAAGAGUUUGCGAAGGCGACGUUUUCUUGACAAGCUCUUGAGAGAUGGCGUCUUCGUAGGCCAUUUUCAUGCCUCGGAGUAUCCUCGAAUCGUUGAAGUUCUCAUGAAAAUUACAAAAGAUAUCGUCUCCUGCUUGGGCUUCUUCUCAGCGAAGCAUCUCCAGGUGAAUAACAGAAGACUUGAUAGAAUCUCUCUGUGUUAUGUGCUAAUAACCUUCGGGCAGAACCUUCUUCGUCUGUUUGCCUCUACGCUAUCGGAUCCCUUUGUUAUGGGCUACCCACCACUGGUCUAUUCCACCACAGAAGCCUUGAAUGCAACCUUGGUGAACUGCUGGCCAAGAUUUUCGUCUCCUGGGUAUAUCGACCAAGUAAUCCAUACGAUUUCUUUGUGCUGGCUCAACCUUAAAUCUUCACAGCUGCCAGCCGAAGAUGUGGAUCAAAUUUCGGCACACCUAACCCGUACAUCGACGAUCUUGCACUCUCUUUGGAGCCGAGAAGGAUCUGGGCCUAUUGAAGGGCUGACUGCUGCGGUACAAAAAGAGCCACGACUAGCCGAGUUAUUUCCUAGUAUACUGACAUAACUGAAAUAUGCAAAUACUUGUGC